CCCACUUGAAUUUUUGAUGCGGAUUGUUGGCGGGAGGAAUUCUGAAGUCGGAGGGCAACCAUGGACUGUGUCCUUACAGUUGUAUGGUAAUCACAUCUGUGGGGGCAGUAUUGUACAGAGAACAUUGGUGGUAACUGCUGCACAUUGUGUGUAUCCUGGAGAUAAAAGCAAAGUGAGCCACAUGACAGUGAUUGCCGGAGAUUAUGAUCACAGCAUCGUUGAUCUUCAAGAACAAACCAUCCCAGUGUCAAAUGUUAAGAUACACCCCAAAUACAAAAAUGAUGGUAGCUUGAGCUACGAUAUUGCACUACUGUACCUUUCUAAAAAAAUUGACUUUGGUACACAAGUUCAGCCAAUCUGCCUUCCACAAGCAGGGGAGGAAGUCGAGCCUGGGACCUUGUGCAUCUCCAGUGGCUGGGGAAAAGUUAAUGAGUAUGGGGAGCUAUCUACCAUUAUUCAGGAGGUGGAGCUUCCAAUCAUUGAUCAUUUCACCUGCAGCUCUGUGCUGACCUCUAUGGGGCUUCCAACUCUCCAUGAGACCAUGCUGUGUGCUGGCUUUCCAGAUGGAGGAAAAGAUGCCUGCCAGGGUGAUUCUGGGGGCCCCUUGGUUUGCAGACGGCGCACAGGGAGUUGGUUUUUGGCUGGGUGUUCAUCUUGGGGUCUUGGGUGUGGAAGAGCUUGGGGCAAUUCAAAGCCAUCAGAAAAUGAAAGGGGAACACCAGCAAUCUUCUCCAAGGUCUCAGCACUUUUGGACUUUUUGAGAAACUCCAAUAUAAAUGGAAAAUGUACUUCAAAAGUUCUGAGCUUUAGUGGUGAAAAUGGAACAAUUAAAUACCCAUCAAAUGCAAACACAAACUAUUCUGAUAACAGCCUAUGCAGCUGGAAAAUUACAGUGGAAGAAAAUAAAAUUAUCCAAAUCAAAAUAUUACUGCUGGACAUUGAGUAUCAUGCUAACUGUAUUUACGACUAUCUGUCGUUUGAUGUUGAAGACAAAGUUAUCAAUAAGAUAUGUGGAUCGGUUGCACCAUCUCCUCUCUUGAUUCCAUCCAAUCAGUUGUCCAUCUCCUUCUUCUCUGAUGACUACAUUACGGGCUAUGGUUUUGAGCUGAACUUUUUUGCAUUACAAGACAUAACUGUUGCAGGCUCUGGCUGUGGUAGCAUUGCUGUUUUGAAGGAGGAAGGCAAGAUCUAUACUUCCAAUUAUCCAGGUUUAUACCCAAGUCUUGCAACAUGUCACUGGCUCAUUGAAGCUCCCAAGGGAAAUAUAAUUAAACUUACUUUUGAAGAUUUUGCUGUGGAGUUUCAAAAAGACUGUGCCUAUGACCAAGUUUCAGUUUACAAUGACAGUUCAGAAUCUCAGCUACUUGCCAGGUUGUGCGGAUUUACAUCUCCACCACCUGUCUUCAGUCCAAAUAACACCAUGUUCAUUCAUUUCAUCACCGACCAAGAGAACAAUUACCCAGGUUUCAAAGCCCGUUUUGACUUUAUCCAACAAAAUAGUGUGCCAUCUGAUAUGGCUGGAAAUUCUACUACUACUAUAAAUACGUCCAGACAAAAGUCUCUUUCUCAAGAUGUCUGUGGUAUUGCACCAUUGUCUCCCCAGUGGAUGUUGCCACGUAUUGUUGGGGGAGAAGAAGCUUGCCCAAACUGUUGGCCUUGGCAGGUGGCCUUACUGUUCCUUGAUACAUUCCAGUGUGGAGGAGUGAUUAUCUCACCCCAAGCAGUCCUGUCUGCUGCUCACUGCAUACAAUCUCUUGAUGCUUCUCAUUGGUUUGUAAUUGCUGGAAAACAUGAUCGGUCCUUGAAUGAGCCCACAGAGCAGAUGAGAGCAGUCAGAAUGGUCCAUGUCCAUGAAAAGUUUAAUCUGAAAACCUUUGAUUAUGACAUGGUCUUUAUUUGGUUGGAGAAGCCACUAGAGUUUAAUGACUUUGUGCGCCCUAUAUGUAUGCCCAGUGUGGAUGAACCUCUUGCCCCAUCUUCCAUAUGUGUAGUCACAGGUUGGGGGAACAUUCAAGAAGAUGAGCAACUUUCCAUCCGUUUGCAGCAGUUGCAGGUCCCGAUUGUGGAUAUCAAUGUGUGCAACAAAACCUACUACGAAGGGGUACUCACAGAACGCAUGGUUUGUGCAGGGUUUCCAUCCACUAUAGGAAAAAAUUCAUGUCAGGGUGAUUCAGGAGGGCCUUUGGUUUGCCCAAGUAUGAAUAAGUCCUUUGUUCUUUAUGGCCUUGCCAGCUGGGGUGUGGGUUGUGCAACGGACCUGAAGCCUUUUGUAUAUACCAAGGUCCGAGAGUUCUUGAGUUGGAUACAAACUGCACAACAAGUCGAAGGAGAAGGGAACCAAAUGAGCAAACCGAAGAAACAAACAUUGAAGUCAUUGGCCAGUGAGGAUAAGGUGACCGUCAACCAUGGAUGUAAAUCUGAGGUGCUUUUGAAAGGUGCUUUUGGCUCUAUUGUAUCUCCGGGUUUUCCACAUGGAUAUGCUGGGGGCCUUAAUUGCUCUUGGUUGAUUAGAAUUUCCUCUACUGGAAUAAUUAAAAUGGUGCUGGAUCAUCUGUCCAUAGCAGAAUCAUCAAAUUGUACAUCAGAAUCUCUGUCAAUCUUUGAAGAGAACAGCAAUGGCAGAACACUAUUGACAAAAAGAUGUGGCUCUUUGAUUUCUCCAGAAGUAUAUGUAAGCCAUGGGUCUGUGGUCAGAGUGUCUUUUCACACAAGCGCCAAAGGAUCAUAUGGCAAAGGCGGUUUUGCCAUGAUAUUCAGAAAAUACGGAGGCCAAGUUUCGGUGUUAAAGCAAUAUCGUGGAAAAUUAAACCGUGCCAACUCUAAUCCCAUGAAAAUUUGUAGUGAUGAGAUCCUCACAUCAAAUAAUGGAGCAAUAUCUUCUCCUGGGUAUCCAUAUGACUACCCCAAUGAUCUUGGCUGCCACUGGAGAAUAGUCGCUCCACUACGAAACAUUAUUAGGCUGGAUUUACUGAAAUUAAAGACUGAGAAGAAUGAUUCUGGUUGUCUGGAUCAACUUCUAAUAUAUGAAGGAACUGGAAAGAAUAAAACUUUAUUGGGUUCCUACUGUGGACAGAUGCAGCUUUUUUCUUUAAAGUCGGAUGGACCAGAGCUAACUUUAGUCUUCACUACUAAUUCCAUAGUGACUAUGAGUGGAUUCACCCUAAAAUAUUCCUUCUGGGAGCUACAGCCAGGUUCCUUGGAUGCACAAAGGAAAGCUGCAGUUACAGCUUGUCAAAUUCUGGACCUCCUCCCAGCUGGAUCAGCGGAGAUAAUGUCUCCUCAUUAUCCAGACAUAUAUCCAAAUGGAGUAGACUGCCAGUGGCUUAUUUAUUCCACUUCAGGGUUGCGAUUACGGCUUUUGAUCAUUGACUUGUACUUAGAGGAGUCUGCAAACUGCACCUGGGACUACCUAAAGGUUUUUGAUGGCUCCAAUAAUGUCUCACAAUUGAUCGUUAGUCUAUGUGGUCUUAAGACUGACCUCAACGUGGAAUCUACUGGAAGCUAUUUAUUGCUACACUUCUACACUGAUAAGUCAUUAGGCUACAGAGGAUUCAGAAUUAAUUAUUGGGAAAUAUCCGAACCUUCAAUUCUGACAUCUAGGAUACUGGAAAACACUUGCAAUAAUGCAUACCUUGUAGAUCCCUUCUUAAUUAAAACAUCCAACGUGGUGGCAAACUCCAACAAUGUGAACCUCCAACACAAAGUUACCAUGAAUGAAAAAGUGAAAUUCCGAGUGGUUGGAGGACAAACUGCACCCUCAAAGUCUUGGCCUUGGAUUGCUAGCCUUCAGACUAGAUCUAGGCAACAUUACUGUGGAGGGACAGUGCUCGGUGAGAAGUGGAUCCUGACUGCAGCUCAUUGCGAGUUCAGAGUUGGGACAGACAGGUUAUUUGUAGGGCAAACAGACCUGUCACUAGGAAAUGGUGUUGAAGCAUUUGUGAUUAAUUCCUAUGUGCACCCUUCUUAUGACCCAGAUGUCUUGCCGCCAAACAAUGAUAUUACUCUACUCGAAGUGUACCCGCCACUUUUGUUGGAAAAUGAUGUUGCCUGUGUAUCCUUGCCAGAGAAAGCUGUCCCUUUAUAUGCAAGCUGUAUGACAGCAGGAUGGGGAGUUGCCAAUAUUCUGAAUUACCAUUUCCCAAAGAUGCUACAGCAAGCCAAGCUAUCCCUGUUAUCUAUAGAAUCGUGUCUUGGUUACUGGGGUUCGGAUGUAACCGAUGGCAAUGUGUGUACAGGAGGAAUGGGAGCUACAUCUUGCAUGGGAGAUUCUGGGGGACCAUUGAUUUGUAAGGUGGAAAACCAAUACAUGCUUGUUGGUGUGGUGAGCUGGGGCAGCGAUGAAUGUGACUUUAAUGCACCGACUGUAUACAACAAUGUAUUUGCCUAUAGAGAAUGGAUAUGUCAAUAUAUUGGAUGUUAA